AUGUUAAUAGCAGUUUGCUACAGGCCGCCUCAUAUUGGGUAUAUGUCAGAAUUUGAGGAAGCACUACUUGAGCUGAUGGUGCCCUAUGAACAUGUGGCUAUCAUGGGUGACUUCAAUACUGACUUACUUGGACCUGAUACUCAUGACAAAAUACAACUGACCACUAUGUUUUUUGCGAAUGGUAAAUUAUGCGUCAUUUAUCUCCCCCUUACAUUCACUGACUUUUCUAAUCCAAAUAAUAUUUUCAGGAUUUGGGAGAGAAUACGCAUCGUUUUUGAAGAGGUGACACUACAAAAAGGUGAUGUCAGCUGUCUGAAUCGUGCUGAUGUCAUCAAAGUGCACGACGGCAAGAGUAGACAAUCGCCAACAAUCCGCGUUGUCUGCAACGAGGCGUCCAUUUUGGAAAUCUUUUCGACGGGACCCGACCUCUACGUGGAGUUCCUGGCCGAUUCCGAGACGCCCGGUCAGGGCUUCAAGGCCUCCUUUCAGUUCCAGCCGCUUCCGCCACCCUCCCCUCCCAACGACACAACGCCUCAAACAGAGCCUGAGCUAAGCUCCAACGACGUUGCUGAGAAAGGAUCCCCCACAGUUCAAAAGCAAACUGCUGAUUUGGAAACUGAGAAUGGUAUUACAGUUGGAGCAGUUAUGGAUGCGCUUACUGUGUCACCGUUUGAAUAUCUGGAAACCACAUCACCACGAGUUCAGCUUUGUCCAAGAGCGGCGAACUGUGACUUGAUAGUGACGAGCGACGGGCUGAAGAACGGGACGGUGCAGUCACCGGGCUACCCCGGCCCCUACCCACCUCGCACUACGUGUCGCUACGACUUCCAGGGUCGCGGCAAAGAGCGAGUCCAGCUCCUAUUCACCGACUUCGCGCUCUACCAUCCGUCUGACGAUUCCAAAGAAUGCGAGAGUAUAGACUCAUUGAUGGCCUACGUGCGCACAGAUGGCAGAUUGGAGAAGAUAGACAACUUCUGUGGCAGCAGCACUCCUCGGCCACUCAUGUCCAAUGGUCCAAGACUGAUGCUCGAGUUCAGAGGCAUUUACUCUUCACGCUAUGCCAGGGGCUUCAAAGCGGUCUACUCUUUUACUGAGAAUUUCGGAAUACAGUCUGGUAAGCAGGUUCCAGACUUGCCGUGUGCAUUCUGGUUCAACAGCUCAGACGCAUCGGAGGGCAUCUUCCACAGCCCCAACUACCCCGGCUUCUAUCCGCGCGACACCGAGUGUCACUACUUUUUCAACGGCCUUUCCGGCCAACGAGUCAGGCUGCAGUUUGCCUACUUCGAUGUGGAAGGGGUUUCACCGUGCGAAGCGAAUUCCGCAAGUGACUACGUAGAAUUUUCAAACUUCAUGGCAAGAGACAGGAAGUACAGUCGACACUGCGGUCAGCUGCAGCCAUUCAUGGUGGAGUCCGAUCGAAAGUUCUUCAGGGUGACGUUCAAGUCAAACGACCGGCUCGAUGGUACAGGCUUCAACGCCACCUUCCAGUUUUUCGAACCUGAAGAAGCUUCAACAACUAUCAGGCCUACUGAGAAAAUUGUCACUUCCAACUCUAACUAUAGAUGCAUUUCUGUACCACAGCUCAUCCUCUUCUUCUUCAUAACUCAAAUCAUCAUUUGCUGAAAUGGAUAAGGAGUACAAUAGUUGGGUUUUGAAUGUUCGAUAAAGCCUACAUGUACAGUAUUCCGCUAGUACCAAUACAGCAUGAUGAAGAGAAGAAGCUGUUAUCAACCCCUGUCCACCUUCCAGAUAUCUGAUCUUCAGAAAUCAUUGAGGAAUGAGCAUCAAUAAUCAUCUACAAGAUCGUGAAUCGAAGAGACAGUUCUAGUGUGUGAGGUUACUAGAAAAAUAGGGUCUAGUUCAACAAGAAUCAUCAACAACCUGUACAAUUACCCUCGUCAUAAAAAUAAAGGAUUACAAUCAUGACUCGCUCAUACUCGUGUACUAUAACUAGAUGAAUUCUUCAAUUAAAUUCUAUAAAAAUGUUGAUAAAUUGUAUGUAUUUUGUAUUUUUUACUCGAAAUAAAUAAUAUUACUUGAGAAAUUAUUUUUUAAA